AUGGCUUCUUCAUCCUCUUCUGUCGGCACUGCCUCUAACUUGGUUUCCAACAACAAUGUCGCUGCCUCGUCCGCCACAUCCGCUUUGUCGUCUGCUAAGUCGUCUGUUAAGUCGUCGGCAGCGUCGUCGGUCACUUCCGCUGCCUCGUCCGUGAAGUCGUCCGUGGCGUCCACGUCAUCGAGCUCGUCUUCUAGCACUUCCAAGAGCUCGUCCUCUAGCGCAGCCUCCGCCAACGUUGUUGCCAACCCAUUGUCCUGGAAAUACGGCGCUCUACUUGGCGUUACCAUGGUCGGCUCCUUCGUGUUGGGCUCCGGUUUGUAA